AUGGAACUUACUGAAGAGUGCACCUCGAGAAUUCAAAGAAAAUUGCUGCAAAAGUUGAAGGAUCCGGGGAGCUUCACCAUACCUGUUCGAAUUGGUGAGGUAGAUGUAGGACAUGCACUUUGUGAUUUGGGAGCUAGCAUAAAUUUGAUGCCCCUAUCAGUUUUCAGUAAAUUGGGGUUGGAAGCUCCAAGGCCAACCACAGAUAUGUUGAAGCUUGCUGAUAGAUCUAUUUUCCAUCCCGAGGGGGUGAUAUGCUACACCCCAUAUUUUCAUUUCAUUAUACUGGACUAUGAAGAUGAUGAACAAGUCCCCAUUAUCUUGGGACGACCUCUCUUAGCCACCGCUGAUGCUGUGAUCAAUGUUCGUGAAGGAAAAAUGAUUCUCCGGGUUGAUUAUGUGGAAGCAGUCUUUAAUGUAUACAUGGCAAUUCAGCUGCCAAGUCACUAUGAGGAUCUAGCUAUGAUAUCAGUGAUUCAGAAGAAGUAG